AUGAAUAGGCUCUUUGGCACCAAGAGUGCGGCGCCGAAGCCCACUCUGGACGGUGCUAUCGCAAAUGUAGACAACCGCAUUGCCAGCAUUGAUGUGAAGCUGGCAGCCCUGAACGCGGAGCUAUCAACCUACCAGGCUCGACUGGCCAAGAUGCGUGACGGACCCGGCAAGAACGCUCUGCGACAGAAGGCGCUCAAGGUGUUGCAACGGCGGAAACAAUACGAGGCGCAGCGUGACCAGCUCUCCCAGCAGUCUUGGAACAUGGAGCAGGCAGGCAUGAUGCAGGAUAACCUAAAGAACACCAUGACGACCGUAGACGCCAUGAAGACAACGACCAAGACAUUGAAGAAGCAGUACGGCAAGAUCGACAUCGACCAGAUCGAGCGCAUGCAGGACGAGAUGGCGGACUUGAUGGAGAUUGGUAACGAGAUCCAAGAGAGCAUCUCGCGCUCCUAUGAUGUGCCCGAGGAUGUGGAUGAAGCGGAGUUGGAUGCGGAACUAGAGGCAUUGGGCGAGGAGAACAUGUUCGAGACGUCGCUGGGAGAGGAUGCCGUACCCAGUUUUCUACAGGACGAGGUGGCACCACCCACCUUCAUUGAUGAGCCUCCAGAGGAAGGAAAGGUCAAGGAGGCCGCUGGGGGGGUUGGUUAA